ACCAAUGAAAACCUUCGUUACAAAUCAUUCGGUGACUCGUCACAUUUUUCCCAACACGUUUUCAGCGAAUUUUAACUUUUCUGUCGGCAAAAAUGACUGAAAUUUCAGGAUUUUCAAAAUUAUUUGAAUUUAUGACAUUAGUUGGACAAUUGAAGCGUAUAAGGAGAACAGGAUGGAUUCGAAAAAAUGUCAGUGACCCUGAAAGUGUUUCUGAUCACAUGUAUCGGAUGGCUGUGUUGGCAUUUUUAGCUGAUCCUUCACUUGGUCUUGACAGAGAAAGAUGUAUUAAACUGUCCCUGGUCCAUGACUUAGCAGAGAGCAUUGUCGGAGAUCUUGCUCCCUCAGACAAUGUCAGCAAACCAGAGAAACGGCGCCGAGAAGAAACUGCCAUGAAUCUGAUCAAAGAUAUGGUUGGUGGUGCUAUAGGACAAGAAUUUCUCCAGCUUUGGCAGGAGUAUGAAAAUGUAUCGAGCAAAGAGGCUGAAUAUGUCAAAGAUCUGGACAAAUUUGAAAUGGUGCUGCAAGCUUAUGAAUAUGAACAACUUGAUCGAAAACCAAAAUCCCUUCAAGAAUUUUUUGAUAGCACUAAAGGUCACUUCACGACUAGACAGGUCCAGAAUUGGAUGAGUGAGCUGGAAAAAAUCCGAGAGAACUCCUCCUAGUCAGUAUGUAGGAAGAUAUUUAUUAAAAUGAAAGAAGAAAAAUGUUUCAA